CCGACCUAGUUCAUUCUACACGUCCGGCUAACGAAACACGUGUGGAGAUAAACAUCGAGUUUGUCUGUAGAAAGACGAUAAAAAAAUUGUCAAAGCACAGGGGAGGGAGAAAUCAGAUCUACCGCCUUCAAAACUGCAGAAUGGGAUCGAGCACGUUGAUCAAUUCUUCUUCAUGUUAAUAUAAAAUUUACAAUUACAUAUAGUUUUUCUAGUUAUAAAUCCAAGAAUAUCAUCUUUUUUUAUUUUUUGUUAUUGUUUUAGAAAUUAAUAUAACUUAAUUAGAAUGAAAUUUGCAAUUGAGUGAAUGAGAACCCCGCCUUGUUUGCUAUCUCUAACUUUGGAUUCUGCUGUCCUAAACCUUUCCAAUAUCACUGAUCUCUCCCCUCUUCCUGAUCAUAUUCUCAUCGAGCUCUUCCUGAGAACAUUGAGAGCUGGAAAGCUAACCGAGAGGGUUCUUAAGCUGUUUAUAGCUACCGGCAAGGACGAGGUUUUCUCACUUAUCCAGGCACUCAACAUUCAAGUCACAGUUAACCCUGUCCUUCCUACCAGUAAAUGUCUACCAAUUAAGGAUGAUGAGAUUGAUAUCGUGAUAGGAGCACUCAAUUUUGAUCUGACAUCUUUCAUGAAUGUGUGGAGACCUAUAUUCUCUCGAUUUCAUCUGACAAUUGUGAAAGACCCUGAUUUGAAAGAGGAACUUAAAAUCCCAGAGGGCUUUAAUCUCGAUGUCUAUAAAGAGCCUGACAUAGACCGCGUGGUGGGUACUUCUACUUCAAUCAUCUUCUCUGGCUAUGCAUGCAGGUAUUUUGGCUAUCUUGUUUCUCGGAAGAAGUACAUUAUCUCCAUGGACGAUGACUGUCUUCCAGCCAAGGACAAUAAAGGCUUUUUGGUGGAUGCUGUUGCCCAGCAUAUUACUAACCUUACAACCCCAGCCACACCGUUCUUUUUUAAUACUCUGUAUGACCAUUUCACUGAAGGUGCGGAUUUUGUCCGUGGCUACCCAUUCAGUCUUCGGAAUGGGGUAACAUGUGCUUUGUCAUGUGGUCUAUGGCAUAAUUUGGCUGACUUUGAUGCACCAACUCAAGCUCUCAAGCCAGAAGAAAGGAAUUCCCUAUAUGUUGACGCAGUUCUGACUGUUCCAGCUAGAACCCUGAUGCCUAUUAGCGGAAUCAACAUUGCUUUUAACCGUGAUUUGGUUGGACCUGCCUUACUUCCAUGUUUUAGGUUGGCCACGGAAGGUAAGUUUAGGUGGGAAACAAUGGAAGACAUCUGGAGUGGGAUGUGUGUUAAGGUCAUAUGCGAUCACCUCGGACUCGGUGUGAAAACUGGGCUGCCGUAUGUAUGGAGAAACGAUAGAGGUGAUGCAAUAGCAAGCUUGAGAAAAGAAUGGGAGGGUGUGAAGAUGAUGGAGGAAGCCGUACCUUUCUUUCAGUCAGUGAGGUUGCCACAGGAAGCAACGACAGCUGAGGACUGUGUAAUCGAGGUGGCGAAUGCUGUUAAAGAGAAGCUAGGCUCGAAAGAUCCCGUGUUUGCUCAUACAGCUAAAGCCAUGCUUGAUUGGGUAAAGCUCUGGAAAUCAGUUGGAGGUAGCUCAUCCUCACCAGGUGCAUAGGAAUCAAUCAGCUUGAGGGCUGUGCUUUGUUUCGUUUUAGUUUAUGUUUAUAACUCAUAAAGCACGCUGUAAUGUAACUGUGUUUUACACUACUAAACUUCUUGAUGGGGAUUUGGGGU